UGCACACGCAGACAUGCAGAAAACUGCGCUUCACUGAAAACUAAACGCUUUGGUUUCUUUUUAUUCUCCAAAAUAAACUCCGUUUGAGUCUGCAGUGAUGCUGCCGCUGAAGGAGAAGGACAAACCCAUCGUUCAGAAGCUGUUGACAGCCGGCUGCUGCGCUCGCUGUGUGCUCAGGUUCUGCUGUGUGAGCGUCCAGGCUGCUUAUCGACAAGCACAGCAUGAGACUCUUAAAGAACUUCAGACUUUCAUUAUGGAGAAGGAAAACAACAAAGUCCAGGAUUCAGCAGAAAUCAAGCCCCAUAAUACUGAGUUAUCUCAAACUGUUGAAGACCCUCCCUGUAAAAAGGCCAAACUGGAUCCCACAGAGGCAGUUCAGUCAGAAACAGACGCUGCUGCCAUGGUAACGCUGAAGAAGGAGUCAAGCGUGUGUGUCGUAUGUUUGGGAAUCCUGCAGGAUUUAUGUGGCCCAGAUCAGGCAGCAAAGAUCGCUGAAACAGUGAAGGCCCAAAACUACGAGUUUGACACCCUUGUGUUGUCCGUCUCUCUGCCGGCUCAGCUCUGUGUGCGUGAGCACUCCUGUUGGGUCCAUGUGAAGAAGGAAGUCAGACAGAAAGGUUUAGUGCUCGAUAAAGAUGAUGUCAUCCAGGUGAAGGAGGCCUUCAAGUGGGUCAUGCAGGGUCUGGUCACAAGACAGCUGGAGGGCGUGGCUGUGGUUAGCAAGAGUCCGUUUGAGGUCGGCGUGGAGUUCACUCAUCCAAACACGGAAUCUGACUGCCACUUCCUAGCCAAAUGCUGUCCUGACUGCUUCAAACCCACCAAGAACAAACAGUCGGUGUUUACCCGCAUGGCUGUGGUCAAAGCUCUGGAGAAGAUAUCAGAUGGGAAGUUUUUAGAACAUUACCCCUGUCCACCGUCAGAGCAGAGCGGCAGCUGCACCCCUCAGGACAUCCAGUGUCUUCAUGUCUCUGUCUUCAUAGCAGGGAGGUACAACAAGUUCUGCCGCAGCCUGCCUCAGACUCCCUGGGUGAUCGAUGGGGAGAGGAGGAUGGAGUCCUCCGUGGAGGAACUGAUCGCCGCACCGAUCCUGUCUGCCUUCAGAGCUGACGGAUUUAAUUUCUCCUCCUCGGGCAGAGAGGAUGUGGAUGUCCGAACGCUUGGAAACGGACGUCCAUUUGCCAUGGAGCUGCUGAACCCACACAGAUCUCGGUUCAGCAAAGUAGAGAUGAAGCAGCUGCAGGAGACGAUAAACAAAUCCUCAGAGAAAAUCAGAGUGAGAGAUCUGCAGAUUGUAACCAGAGAAGCCAUGAGUCGGAUGAAGGAGGGAGAAGAAGAAAAGACGAAGUCGUACACGGCGCUGGUCUGGACUCAGAAAUCCAUCGAGAAUGAAGACAUUUCCUUCAUUAACGACAUCAAGGACCUGACUCUGGACCAGAAGACUCCUCUGAGGGUUUUGCACCGGCGGGCGUUGGCGAUCCGGCAGAGGGUCAUCCACAGCAUGAACGUCCGCUUCGUGGAUUCACAUCACUUCUACCUGGGACUGAAAACUCAGGCUGGGACCUACAUCAAGGAGUUUGUCCAUGGAGAUUUCGGACGCACUAAACCGAAUCUUUGUCAGCUGCUGAAGACCGACACGGACAUCCUGGAGCUGGACGUGGAGUCGGUGGAUGUGGACUGGCCUCCACCCAUACCAGAGUGAAGGAUGCCCUUUCGGGUCCCGAGAGGCUUUGGCUGGUUCUGCACUGACUGGUUCCUGUAGGUGCUGCUGGGAGGCUGGAAGAUCUGGAACUGGAAACCUGACAUCCGUCUGUCCAGCUCUAGGAUUAGCUUUUCUGUUCGAGUCGACAUUGUAUAUGAACGCAUCUUCAGUUUGAUUACAUUAUGUAUUUAACAGCCCUGUCUGGUUCUGUUGUCAUAUAUAUUUAAGUUGGGUCAUUUUGUAACCAAGUCCAUUCAAGGAUGUAAUAAAGAUCCUGGUCUAACUGUGACAGGUACACUAUCAAAA